AUGGCCUCAGCUCAGCCCGCCGCAGACAACGGCGUUAGCAAGGACGACCCCGCCGUGACGAACUCCACGUCUUUGGAACAAUUAGUCGCCGGUGGUGCGGCAGGAAACAAUGGUGAGGAAUAUGAAGCUCCCUCAGCGGCUAACACGAAGGGUUCUGAUGAGAAGCAUAAGGAAUUGGUGGAGAUAAAGGCGAAAUGGCCGGGCUGGCCUGGUUACACGGUAUUCCGGAUAGUAGUGCCGGUUUUGAAAGUAGGUGGCAUAAUCGGGCGGAAAGGGGAUCUCAUUAAGAAGCUCGUUGAGGAGACCCGUGCGAAGAUUCGGGUUCUAGACGGCCCAAUAACCUCUCCGGACCGCAUUGUUUUGGUAACUGGUAAGGAAGAACCUGAAACGACAUUGUCCCCAGCAAUGGAUGCCGUAAUAAGAAUAUUUAAACGUGUUAAUGGACUGCCUGAGAAUGAUGGUGAUGGUCAAGCCACUGCAGCUGCUGGGACAGCGUUUUGUGCCAUCCGGUUGUUGGUGGCAUCGACACAAGCUAUGAGCUUAAUAGGAAAACAAGGCUCCUUUAUAAAGUCUAUCCAGGAAAAUUCUGCUGCUUCUGUCCGGGUGCUUCCUAGCGAUGAAAUGCCUAUCUAUGCCAGUUCCGAUGAAAGGAUUGUUGAAUUACAAGGGGAAGGUUAUAAAGUUCUCAAAGCUUUGGAAGCUGUUGUCGGGCACCUGAGAAAAUUUUUAGUGGAUCACAGUAUUCUUUCCUUGUUUGAGAAAAGCGACUUCAUUGGUGGACACAGAGAUCCUCUUCUGGGCAGUUACAGCAAGCUGGAGUCGAGUUUGAGGUCGUCUUACUCACAGUUAGGCAGCAGCUCCUACCCAUCCUCGACAUUUUCAGGGCAGCAACGUUAUGGGGGCUAUGGCUCGUCGGGCAUUGGGGGAUAUAGCAGCUAUACUAGGCUAUAA